GGUUAGUGGUACAGUGGCUACAUUGGAGGACGAAAUGUAUGACUUUGAAGCUCGUCGAUUGAACGAAUAUAUCCGCCAUUACGAACCUCUCUCUUAUCCCACCGAGGAGGUCCACCGAGGUCACUUGAGGGCCAAGAGGUCGGUCACCCGCGACAAUUUCGUGACUCUGAAGUUUCGUUCCCACGGCAAAGACUUCCACAUUCGACUGAAGCGCGAUCUGGCCAUCUUUACCAAUAACUUAAUUAUCGAAGGCCCCGCCGGACAAACGGAGGACCUCGAUACCUCGCAUAUUUACCAGGGCCACUUAGUCGGUGAGCCUGGCAGUCACGUGUAUGGAAGCAUAAGCGACGGUGUUUUCCACGGAAAAAUCAUUUCACCUCGCGAUGGCGCGUGGUACGUGGAAAAGGCGCACUAUUACUUUCCGCCUCACGAGAUAAAUGACACGUUACAUUCUGUCAUCUAUCACGAAAAUGACGUCGGCGACCCGUACGCCCAUCUUCGAAAAGGUGAAUCCGGUGGUUGUGGAGUAACCGAUGACAUGGUGCAGUGGAUGGAAAGGAUUCAAAAUUCUGGCGAGCCAGAAAUUUCGCAGCUAGUGAUCAGAAACGAGAAGAAAUUCAAGCCACAGCUAAAAUCGUGGAACGAUCUUCAAGAAUCGCCAGGUCACAAGUAUACCAGAGAAGCUAACGAACCUAGUCAUCACAGAACUCGGAGAGCAACUAGGCCGAAGGAGGAUAAUAAAAAUACUUGUUCCCUUUUCAUUCAAACCGAUCCACUAAUAUGGAGACACAUAUCGGAACAGCUGCAUCACGACGCGGAGAAGACGAGGGAGGAGAUACUGUCGCUGAUCGCGCAUCACGUUACAGCCGUGAAUUACAUCUACAGAGACACCAGAUUCGACGGGAGGAUCAAGCACAGGAAUAUUAAAUUCGAGGUGCAGCGGAUAAAGAUUGACGAUGACACAGCGUGCACCCCACAGCAGACGUAUGGCGAGCCAAAUCCGUUCUGCAUGGAGAAUAUCGACGUUAGCAACUUUUUAAAUUUGCAUUCGCUCGGCAACCACGAGGACUUUUGUCUCGCCUAUGUGUUCACCUACAGAGAUUUUACUGGCGGUACCCUUGGUCUUGCCUGGGUGGCCUCCGCAUCCGGCGCAUCCGGUGGCAUUUGCGAAAAAUACAAAACGUACACGGAAACGGUCGGGGGAAUGUAUCAGUCCACCAAGAGGUCUCUCAACACUGGAAUCAUUACUUUCGUUAAUUACAAUAGCAGAGUACCCCCGAAAGUAUCGCAACUGACGUUGGCUCAUGAAAUAGGACACAAUUUUGGAUCACCUCAUGAUUUCCCACCUGAAUGCAGGCCUGGUGGAUUGCACGGAAAUUAUAUCAUGUUUGCGUCAGCGACCAGCGGGGAUCGACCGAAUAAUAGUAAAUUUUCAAAAUGUAGUAUCGGGAAUAUCAGUAAUGUCCUAGAUGCUAUUGAAGACAACAAGAAAAGAAAUUGUUUCACUGCUUCUGCUGGAGCAUUCUGCGGCAAUAAGAUCGUCGAAGCUGGAGAAGAAUGCGAUUGCGGAUACGAUGACGAUGAAUGCGUAGAUAACUGUUGUUACCCAAGACAGGUAUCAGAGUUGGAUAAAAUAAAGAAUGAGACAGCUAAAGGCUGUACCAGGAAAUACGGAACACAAUGCAGCCCCAGUCAAGGGCCAUGCUGUUCCAGCGAGUCAUGCCAGUUUGUUCCUCUCUCUAGAAAUGUUCAAUGUAAAGCUGAAUCGGAUUGUAGUUACAAUUCCACCUGUAAUGGUCGAUCUUCCGAGUGUCCUGCGCCAUUACCAAGAGCUAAUAAAACUAGGUGCAACGAAGGGACUCAGUUGUGCAUCAACGGCGAGUGUACGGGAUCGAUUUGCCUGGAGUGGAAUCUGACUGAAUGUUUCUUGACUAGUAACGUAAUUCCAAAUAUUGAUAAACGUAAAUUGUGUGAAUUAGCUUGCCAAAAUGGAACCGAUCCAUCGACCUGCCGCAGUACCAGCGAAUUUGCACACGUUGUUGGACUGCCCGAAGGUGGAAUUAGCCUGCGACCUGGAUCACCCUGUGAUAACUUCCAAGGGUAUUGUGAUGUAUUUUUGAAGUGUAGAGCGGUUGACGCAGAAGGACCAUUAGCCAGAUUGAAAAAUCUUUUAUUCAAUAAAAAAACAUUGCUCACAGUAGCACAAUGGGUAACUGAAUUCUGGUGGGCAGUAUUAUUAAUGGGUAUAGCCUUCAUUAUUUUCAUGGGCUUAUUCAUCAAGUGCUGUGCAGUUCAUACUCCUUCGAGUAAUCCUAAGAAGCCACCAGCGAGACGUAUUAGCGAUACCCUUAGAAGACCGAUGAAUACCCUAAGAAGAAUGCGACACCCACACGGUGGAGGUGGGGCCGGUCCCAGAAAUAUACCUCCUAGGCAAGGUCAAGGAGGGCAUGGUACUCGUGGACCCUCCCAUGGCUAUGGGGAGGGUAGAGGUGCUCAGUAUUAUCCAAAAGCAGGCUAUCGCUCGGUUCCCACAGCUAGUGCGCCACCCAGUAGCAGCGCAGCACCCAACUACGGCCGGUCCAACCACCCAGAACUGUACGCCGGCGCCUAUUCGGGCUCCGGGGGAGGCGGGAGGUCCUCAGCCUACGAGAUGAGGCAUCACAACAAGGUGUGACGAUCUUAGAGAACUACCACGGACGAGGAACGGUCUCAACGUUGCACCAUAAAUUGUUCUCUUGUUUAAUGCCAAACUGUGAAACGAGCCGAUCCACCCGACACGAUAUCUCUCGUAAUCGAGAUCGACGGAGUAAUGGAAGAAUACAACGUAAUGGAAUGCAUUUGAAAGUACCGACGAUCGUCGAUCUACGUUUUUAUUUCGAUUCAAAUAACUCGCGCAAGGGGACUGGUUCGGAAUUGUAAAUUGGUGAAGUGUAUUAUAUAAUCAAUGGUGAUAUAUCAACUUCUCGUUUGACGUUGAGUUUUUGUCGAGCUGAUUUUAUCAGCAUGGUACGAGGACAUCGACGUUGCAGAACGAAACGAAUAACAGCGUUGGACGUGAUAGAUCGUAAAAUGACAAAUCGUUGAAAGACUAUAUUAUCAUACAAUUUUAUGUAAUUCGUCUUUUAAAUGUUUCCUGCAGAUUCCUCCAUGUUGCCAUUAAGUAUUUUCGCGUCUUGAUCAAAAUCAUAAGGCUUUCGACAAAUCUCUCUGCCCGCGAAAUUCUUUGAUAUAAAUGUACCGAUCAAAAUUAUGGAGAUUUAUUUCUGUGUACAACGCUGGAUUCGCACAGCGAAGAAAUAUUUGCAGUAAUAUUGAACGCAACAUAUUUUUGUCGUUCGAUGUAAGAACAUUUAUGGCCAAGGUUGCAUAGUAGUGUUUAUGCCUCGAUUUCUUGGUGAAGUCGAAUUGCGUGUUUUUCGCUUCGGAAAGCGUACUUUUAUACACGAGGACUGUUAGAAGAAGAAGGGAAGUUCAAAGGGAGAACGGAGACGACAAUAUAUAUUUGGAAUAAGUGUUAGAAUGAUAACCGUAAUUUUUGAAAAGCUCCCGUUGAACGUACCUUGUGCCUUUUAACUCUUACACGCGAUUGUUAUAUAUAUGUUAUUCUACUAUACUACGAUUUUAAA